AUGGCGCAGCCUUCCACUGGUCGGGAGGCCAUCGAUGCUUUGUUGGGAACCUUCAAAAAUCCAGCCCUCGUUGGCAUCAUCGAAGAUAUCCGUAAGCAGCUUGUGGACAUCAGGCAGAGUGAGGAUGACUUUGUUCGACGCCAUAAGAACCGUGUCCAGGUCUAUCUCGUUGAAGAGCGCGAAUACUUCGAGGAACAAGCAUCCACCUGGAUUCAGAGGGUAGCAACUGGGUUGCAUGCCCGGAUCACGCAUGCGACUUCGCAAGGUAUCCCGGCGGCUCAGGGCGGGCUCAAUCAGCUCAAGUAUGACCUUAAUAUAUUUGCAUACAGCGAGCUAUGGAGAUACCAGGACCUUCUCAAGGCGCGGAAGGAAAGGUAUACGGCGCACUUGAACAAGAUAGAGAGAGAUGCGUAUGAGGCAUACAGGGAGAACGCUCGAGGAGACGAAAAGCGACUGCUCGUGGCCCUUGAGAAGCUAAAGAUGCUCGAUAAUACCCCGGAUGAAGACACCAAGAAGGUGAAGAUAGAGGAUGAAGACAAGAAGCGUUGA